GCGGUUUCGGUCAAAACAUGAGUACGUUCUCUGUGCUUUUAAAAGGUGGCCCGCCCUGGGGAUUUAGGAUUCAGGGCGGCAGGGAAUUUGAAGAACCCCUAAAGAUAGCCAAGAUUAAUCCCAACAGUAAGGCUUACACCCAGGGAAUUAAGGUGGGGGACUUCAUCGAUGGCAUCAACAGACAGAGGACGCACGGACUGAACCACGGAGAUGCCCAGCAACUCAUCAAGAAUGCCACAGAUGAGCUUCUGCUAGAACUUACGAGAGGAGAGAUAACGACAAACGGUCCUGUGAAUGGAGAGAUUCACCAGCCAUCCCAUCAUGAAAUACACGUCAGUCACGCAGGUGAUCUGAACACAGCCGAUAGUUCAAACUCGCUGACAAACACACUCAGUCAUGACCGUUACCCACCUGACUCGCAGACAAAUAAUCAGGGUUCAGGGGAUAGGUCACUCUCAAAGACGAGUGUACUGAAUCACAAUGAUUAUACACCUGACCCACAGAUACAAAAUACUCCAGAUAAACCAAUAACUGAAUCUGUCCCAGAGUUUGGCAUAUCCAAGAAAAAUAUCAGUUCUGUUGAUUCUGUUGAUGAGACAAACAAACCUUUUCAGGAAAAUACUGAAAGUCUUACUGUGGAUACUGGAGAUGUGAACAGGUUUGAAAACAACAAUCAACAGUAUCGUGUCAGUAUUGAUAAUCAGACUGAUGACACUCAAAUGUUCAGGCCUGACGGAAAUCCUCUCACUCAUUUUGAAGUGAACAGGGUGAGAAAUUUGGAAUUUGAAACCCCAAAUAGCAAUCCAAAUUUUGAUGAUGAAAAUAAUUACAAUGGCAGAAUUAGUGAGUCUCUAAAUGUAGAUGAAAAAUCAAAUUCUGAUUUUGUUAUUGAUGAGAAUGAAAAUGUUGACUAUAACAAACCAGGGCUUGAUUCAAGGCCUAACUUCAGUUUGCGUGAUGGAGUUGACAAACUGAGCGGUGAACGUUGUGUACCAGAGACUGUUUUAGACUCAUUCAAUGUUGUGUACGGUAAUACUCCUCUUAGACCAGUCAGUUUAGAGGGUAGCGUUGAUGAAGACAGACGUAUAGAAAUACCAGUUUCUCACAAUGACGUAAACACGCGUGAACGACUCACCAUGGAUAGUGAACACUACACACAGUCAGUGGAUGGUGUCGGAGUGAAGGGUUCAUCAGUGGCCAUGGACUCGUAUCGUGACCACCGAUAUGCUCCAGUAUCUACCUCUCAGCCUUGGUCUUCCUACGACAUGCAUAUGAAUGAGUCCCAAGAUUACAACAGAACACCUAGCUAUGGAAGAGAAUCACCCCAGUCCUCACUUAAAAGUGAACCUUAUGGACGAGGAUCCCCCCAGUCCUCUCUCAAAAGUGAACCACAGUCUUUUGGCCAUGUCCAGUCAGGGAGGGAAGAACAACCAUUUCAUGGACAGCCUUUCCCACAACCUCCGGAAAGAAACUCCUCCUUCCGACCGACAUUUUCUCAACCUCCGGCACACAUUAAGCCUCCCACCUAUGAACAGAGUGUGAACAGAGCACCCAAUGUCAGCGAAGUUCCCAGUUUUGUGGCUCGUCCAAAACCAGUCAGACCUCAGCAGUUAGAUCAGCAGCACCACCACCACCACCACCAGCAACGUGAGCCAGAACAGUUUAAACAGACUCCACCAGACUGGAGUCAGGUACACAGAGGUCAGCAGGACCAGCUAGAUCAGCCACAGAGAGUUCCUCAGAAGGGACAAGAGUAUGGAAGAAGCCAUGAUGAUUCAUUUGGUAGAUUUGGUCAUCAGACAGUCCAGCAUGAACAAGCACCUUUGAAGUCUGAAGACUUUGCUAGGAAUAUGCCUCAACAAACAGACCAGAGAGUUCCUCAGAAGGGACAAGAGUAUGGAAGAAGCCAUGAUGAUUCAUUUGGUAGAUUUGGUCAUCAGACAGUCCAACAUGAACAAGCACCUUUGAAGUCUGAAGACUUUGGUAGGAAUAUGCCUCAACAAACAGACCAGCCAAAGGAUAAGUUUAAUCAUCAUCAUCAGCAGCAACAGCAACAACAGCAGCAACAACAACAACAGCAGCAACAGAAGUCUUUUGUUCCUUCUGGUAAGAGUUCCAGCACUGUGACAAGCCCAACGUAUGGAAGACCUCGAGGCAGGGAACCAAGCUGGAUGGUAUUCGAUGAUGACUCUGUCUUUCUUCCUACCGAUUCCAAUUUGGGGAAUAUGCAAGAUAACAAAUCGAGUGCUCUUUUGGUAAAGGACCUCAUGAGGACAGAAAGACAUUACAGGAAAGUGACCCCAGCCCAGCACAGCAGACAGCAGCCACCUCCCUGGUCUAAAGGUGAUGCCAGACAUGAGUUCGGUACGUCUUAUUCCCAGGCCUCAUCAGCAGGACCCGUUAAAGGCGUUGAUCAGCUGAACUCGAAACCUUCCUCACAGGUGUCGACUUCACCUUACACCGUACCGGCUAGAAGUAUCAGUAAAUCAGAACAACGAAACCACAGCCAUUCAAGCAUGAGAAGGCCACAAGUGAGUCAGACACGUUUGGUUUUCGCCCUCACGCAGAGUCCAGGUUUCCCCCCUUGGGAUGCUAGACAGCCUGACCAAGGCAGUGGACCACAGUUUGGUGUUGGGUCGUAUUCGACACUUCCCCCCAAACGGUCUGCUAGGAUGGAUGAAGUGACUGAUGCAAGAGACAGUGAGGGACAUUUCGACUUUAAUAUUUAUUCCACUUUGCCAACAAUCAAGCCUCUACGCUCAAAGAAAAGUGUAGAAUUUGCAGACUUGCCAACGAGGUAUCCCCGUGGUGAGCUUUCCACCCCAGACUUGUCCAGACAUGAGCCUUCUGCUGCUGGCAGCGACUUUCCACAUUCUUCUGUCAAACCUAAAAGCUCUUUAAGAAAACCAAGUGAUAGCUCUGUUCCAGAUAUGUCAACUGAUUUACCAAAACAGUCUAGAAAAGAUAGCGAUUUUUCCAUUUCAGAAUUUUCAAUUGAACCCAAAAGUCCUGUAAGAAAAGACUCUGAUUUUUCACUAACCGACUUCAGUGGCAUUCAACCCCAAAGCCCACCCAUGAGAUCGGAUUUCCCCCAGUUGUCCUCAGUGGACAGUUCUGGAGGUAAGCCAAGGAAAGACUACUCUCAGCCUCUCUGGACCAGCGCGGAGAUGCCCAGCUUUGGGUCUAGAGGCUCCAGGGAUGACCGGUCCACUUCCAGUUCCAAUCUGACCAGUUCCGACUCAAGGGACACAGUUGUUGGACAGGAUGAACGGAUGGACAUUUCACGAGAGGAGCCGAGGAAAGCAGAGAUAAAGGAGACUCUGGUUCCUGUGCAAGUGCGCCACGAAGAGGCUGGAGUUGGCCAGGCGGGUGUGUGGAGCGUCAAAGGUGGACAGACCAAAGACGAACAUACAAAUGACCAGUCAUUUAACAGCCUUCCAUCACAUAUAAAUUCUUUCUCAGAGAAACCUCCAGAACCCCAGGUGAACGGCCCGCGAGAUCAUCAUCAUCAAGUAACAUCCAAACCAGCCUUAUGGACACCGGGUAUGCAGCCAUCAAAAUUUACAAAGAAACAGCUAGAGCGACAGAACUCCGGUGAGAGACCCGACUCAAGCCUGAAGGACAUUCCCGGGGUGUGGACGCCUGGGGGCAGCCCUGGAGGAGCACGCAAGACCUACAAACCAGUCAAGUUGGACACUUCGCAUAAACACGUUAAACCGGUUAAGGAGUUUAACACACCGAAGUCAGCCGACAGUUUCGUUUGGAGUCCAAAACAGCUAAGAUCUGAUGACUCCAAGUCUGUGUCCACCGCAUCCUUGUCAUUAGCAUCAUCCACCACGGCAUCACCGGGGUGGACACCGCGCGACUCAGCACCGGCAGUCAGUCACGCUGGCACGGCGCGCAUCAACGGCACCGCACACAUGAAUGGCAGCAUAGAUAGUAGCAUCUUCAACGACUCGAAGGAUGAACUCCAUUUACCACCUACGCAAAGUCCAUACAUAACAUUGUUACAGAAGAGCAGAGAGAGUGAGGGUCUUGAUGAUGUGAAAUUAAGCGAUCCUAUAAUGGUGAAAGAUGAAGGAGUGAUUCCAAAAGGUGCUGUGUACAUUGGUAAGAAGGAGAUAAUAGAAGGAGACCACAAACAUACCGACUCCUAUUACGUCCAGCCAACGGAAGAGAAAACCUCCACAACAACAGUUGUUGAACAUCGACCAAAAAUAUUUGAAGGGAUAGGACCUGUAGACAAAGAUGGCCUCCCACUGGCAUUUAGAAAGAAUGUUGAUGAGAAAAAUCAGCAUGAAUGGUACAAACAGAUGUUCAAGACGUUGCAUAAAACAGAAAAUAAAGAAGACGAAAACACGUACCAACCCACGUACGUCUUCCCAGAUGAUAUUUCAGACACUAGGUCUGAGGAAGAUCGUAAUUAUGGAAAAACAACAAAUGUACAAGAUGAUUCGGGGUACCGAUCGGAACCCGAGGGGAAGUUUAAGAAUCUCUACAAAGGCCGGAACCGCAGCCUCUCUGAGUGGGACAAGAAGGAACCCAGGAGGCAUCACUGGAGUCCUGCUAGUGCCAGAGCCACUAUAGAUAUUUACAAGAAUCAACCGCGAAGUAUUAUGGAUUACGAGCCAGGAUUUUCGUCCAUUGCCCUCAGGGAAGCCAAAACUCAAAGGCGACCACGAUCUCAUUCGAUCCACUCUCUGAGAGACAAGAAAAAGGGAAUUGUUCACAAUCCUCCCAUAGAAAAACCAGGACAGUUCAGCAGCUAUUCUAUUGGUCGCAGACGUCAGACAUCUGUCCCCGACAUCAGCAAUGCCGAGGAUGGCUGGGAGAAUGAGGACAUGUACAAGAGGGUGCAGCAGGGCGGUGACAUCCCCUACAAGGGUCUGCAGAAACCAGCGCCAGAGAAACCAAAGCAAAGUCCAGACCCGUCUACGACAUGCACCCAACCCAAUGCAACUCCGAAUGAGGCGUACAAAGUUAGCGCGCCUUCCACGCUAUCCCAGAAUUCAAAGCCCGAUAUCGUGGCCAGUGCGCCGAGUCCCCCGACACGAUCACACAAAUCACCCACCCUCCCCAAAACCAAGUUACGAUUGCCCCGCAGCAAUCUGUCGGCUUUCCAACAACUUCAAGUGAAAAGCCCGCCAUCAUUGUUAAUUACAAACGAACACGGAGUGUUCCGUCACCCGACCACUGAUGCCUGGCGAAAACAGCCAAUUACAGAGAAGGAAAGACGAAGACGGGAAGAAGAGGAAUUGUAUCGGAAGAAACGAUUGGAAGAGUUAUAUGAGGAGGAGAAGCAGCGUAAGAUCCAACAAGAAGAGGCCGACCAGCGCGCCAGAAAACACUCAGAUUUCUUUACACCUAGUCAGAAGUCUCCCAUCCCUCUCGACCGGUUUGACAAUGUGCAGCCCGCGCCAGGCGGAGGAUUGACUGUACCGCCAGAAAGACGACGCGGAUUCCAGAUCCAGGGCAAGGCGAGGGCGCUGUACAACUUCACGGCACAAAACCCCAGAGAGCUAUCACUGAGAAAAGGGGAUAUUGUUUAUUUGCUGCGACAGAUCGACAAAAACUGGUUUGAGGGCGAGCGGUAUGGAGUGGUGGGACACUUCCCUGUUAAUUAUGUUGAGGUGUUGACUUCAAUUGAAGCUGCAAAGAUGGCUGCCAUGCAGUCUGAGGGACAAGCUAAGGUCAAGUACAACUUCACAGCACAAUCCACAGUGGAACUGUCUCUCAGAAAGGGUGAAUUUAUUGUUUUGCUGCGAGCAGUUGAUGACAACUGGUUUGAGGGGAGGAUCGGCAGUCGACAGGGAAUCUUCCCCAUGUCGUAUGUGGAGGUGAUUCGGGAACCCAGCACACCGCUAGUGACCCCAGCACCGUCCGUCAUCACAACACCGAUGACAGGUAGAGGCACACCAGAAAUGCUGUCUCCCAUCAGCAUGGAUGCCCCUACACCGCCCCCGCAACCGUCACCCAGUGCCUUCUCGCAGCGCUCGCCCACCAGCCUGUCAUACGGCUACCGGCAGACGAGCCCGAGUGCGCUCCGAUCUCACACCAGUCAGCUGUCGCCCCAGUACGACUUGGAUCCACGCCCGACCUCACAGCGUACGCAGCAGAGUCCCACGUUCGGGCGGAAGCAGACGUCGCCAGUGAGCACGGGGACGAGCUUCACAUCUCCAUCGAACCCCAUUCGACAUGGAUCCCCACGCCCGACCUCACAGCACUACAGGAGCAAGGUGCCCGAUGACGAUCUGGCCCUCACUAGGUACCGAGCUGUUUAUGCCUACAAGCCACAGAACGAAGAUGAACUAGAGCUACAGGACGGAGAUGAGAUAUUUGUGAUGGAGAAGUGUGACGAUGGUUGGUUUGUGGGAACCUCGGCCAGAACAGGGCAGUUCGGAACCUUCCCAGGCAACUACGUACAGCAGAUCUGAUCAGAGAAAACACCCGAUUAGGUAAGGACAUCAUCAGUGGAGUGAUUGGAAGCUGGACACGACUCGAAUGUUUGGUGCAGCCAGCAGUGCUGUGUGUGUGGGUGUUUUCUUCGUUACGUGUCGUUACGUGUUACACGCUCCUCAUCAUCUCACCUCAUCUGGGGCCUGUCUGAUGUCGGUUAGUCCUCUUCUACUACAGAAAUACAAGAAAUAAAGACACCAACAGAAUACAUUCAAGCUGACAGAGCACAGUAGCAUUUAUCACUGGUUAGACUACACAGCCUGCGCUUGCCAUAUGAUGGGUCUGUGGUGUUAUUUGUCCAUAAAGGCUGCUGAGAUCCUCUAGCAAGGAGAACAAAUCCAGUUGAUGUUCAGACAGGUCAAUGAAAUGGUGCUUGUCAAGUCUUUGUUGCUUUUGUCGUAGGACUAUAUCAUCCAAACUGUUAGAUUGUCAUUUUCUUCACAAGACAAAAUAGUAUUAGGCUUCAUCCAAAUCUGGAAUCUUCAAGCGUUAGAGAACAAACUUAACAGACAAGCAAGGAAUUGAAAGAAAAAGAAAGUUAUAAUAACAAGGGGGAGAUAACUGCAGUUUAAAAAAGGAGCUUGAGGACCAAGCACACAACUGAAAAUCUUCUUGAGAGUAGUUUUCAUCACAAAGGAUAUAACCUUGUUUACAAACAAAUAAUACUCGCUGGGAAAGGAUCUGUUUGGAUAUUAUCCAGUUACAUUUGCAGCACCAUCUUCUUGCAUUAGUUUUCUUUCAGAAGCUGCCCUUUUGAAUGCAAUAUACUGGAUAAUGUAUCCUAGUUAGUCUGUUAUAUAUUCAUUGCAUACAUACACUGUGAUAACAAUUAGUUGUGUAAAUAUAGUGGUACUAUUUCUUCAGUGGUAGUGCAAAUCGCACGUAUGUCAACAUGUAUAUUUCUGUCAGCAUGUACUUAGUGGUGUCAACAUGUUCUACAUCACUGUUAACAUGUUAUGCAUCACUGUCAACAUGUACAUCACUGUCUAAAUGGAUCGGAUUGUUGAUGCUUUAAGAAGUCAUGUGGACAACUACGCAUCAUGAACACAAGUCAAGUCGAGAAGCAUUCUAACACCAGCCAUGAAAAUCAUGUUGUACUAGAAGUAUGCACACAUACACUACAUGAAGUGUUUUAGACUCCUACAACUGCUUUUUGACGGUUCUAUCUGGCCUCUUUAACCCAUUUAUGUUGACAUCUAUGCAGGGAUACUGAUGCAGUAUUACAGGAACAGAAAUUCUAUUUGCAUGCCCCUAGCCAUUUAAAGUUCAGGUAUGGCUAUCUGGGACACAGUCCCUAGCAGUUGUCAGUAACUGUCUAGGACAAAGUCUAGCAUUAGUGUCAAUUAAAGGACAUUAGCAGAGACAUCUUAUGUAACAUUCAAAGUAUUCAGACAAUAAAGAAAUAAUAAUAGUACAUUGUUUGAGUCCACUGUCCAUUUAUGGACUAAGCUACUGCAAUUGUAAAAAUAAGACUUUUUGUUUUAUACAAAGGUCAUUUCUUUAUAGUUUUUGUCAUAAUCUGAAAUCUAAAAAGCAGUUAAGAUUGAAAAGAAAUGUUGUUUCUAGAUAUACUUUCUUUUUGUGUGAAGAUUUUGUAUCAGUUGUUUCUGUCGUCUUCGGUUUCACUUAACAAUAAAAAUAUUUGUUUCUAACAUUGAUCAAUCUGUAGGGAAAGACAAUAGUAUUUCCAGAUAUUAGUUAUAAAGAAAAAGCUUAAGAAGGUGGCAUUUACAUCCAGGUUAACAAAUAGAAAGCUGUAUGCUUUGCAUACAAAGCUAAAACAGUUCCUACUGUAGACUAACUAGCAUUAUUUCAUCUGAUGGUUUUGGUCUUUAUUGUUGCUGCCAGAUUGUCUAGUCUGUACCACUAUUCAAGGAAAAUUUUGAAAAAAAUGUUUUUACCUCAAAGAUCAAAACAAAUUUUAGUGGCUAAUAAUGAUAGUGAUAGCCAUUUAAUCAGUGCUCUAGUUAGUACAGUUUGGUUGCAAAAACAAUUCAAAUACCAAUUAACAGUUCAUACAGUGAAUUUCCAAAUGUCUGUUAUACAAUUAGUUUUGUAUUGACGAACUUGUACAUUAUUUUUCAGGCUUUCUGCCAGAAAAUAAUUUGAGGGUAUGUAAUAAAAACAGAAAAUAAGAGCACCUACUGGGUGCUUAUGGGUCUGAAAUCUUUUCGGAUUGGACCGUGCAGUCAUAUACUUUGACAAAUUAUAAACAGCAGUUCUCAGACUAUAAAUGUAUUCAUUAAUUUCCAAGAUGUUAGGGUACAUCAUUUGACCCUUUGUACCCUCUGGCGAAAACCCUGUUAUUAUUAACUAUACUACACCAAUAUACAGUCCACUUGUCCACUGAUAGAAUCGGUACUUCUCAUGCUUGUAAUUAUUUUGAGCAUAAGAAAUUAGGGAGUCGUUGAACAAUGAAUGGUCUUGUUUGGCUUUCGUCUCUGUGCCUUCCAAGUACAAACACAAAUAUUAGCAUAAUGACUGUAUAAUGAAAGAAAGUUAGUGUUGUGAAUAUAGUGUUGUUCUUUCCCUUUUUUGUUAUAGCCAUAUCUUUAGAUUAUUGCUUUUGUUAUUUUCUGUUGCUUUUGUUUUGUAUUUCAUGCAUGGUUGUCAGAAGUAGACUUGUUAAAAUGUAAUGUUGUGCAUACAUCCAAAUCAUUUAAAUAAAUAUUGUCAUAUUUUAUUUAUUAAUAUGGGUUUAAUAUAAUACUAUAAAUAUCUGGAGAUAUAUGCUGUACUAUAUAAAAGUGUUUGUGACGAAUUGUAAAUUAUUGUGAAUAUUGUAUAUGCCAUAUUUUAUGGAGAGUUUUGUAAAAUUCACUGCAUGCUAAUAUAUCAUGUUUUGAUAUGAUCGCAGGCUUUGUGAAUGGUGUUGAUGAAUAAAUUUCACGAUGGUGCUAGUUACAAAUAUAAACUUAAUAUGGUCUUUUCUUAAUGAUCUCCAGAGUAUGUUCAGAGCAGGCAGAUUAUUUAUACUUGAUGCAAAAGGGAGAUAAUUUACAGUUGGUGCAUCACUUGCAGUUGUUGAAAUGCUAAAGGUAAAGGUAAUUAAUUAUUACAUCUAACAUAUUAACUGGUAAAUUUCAAAUAAUGGAUUAAAAAUUCUUCUUUUUAGUUAGUAGGCAUUUCAAUACACUUGCUGUAAGUUUGUCUUACACAUUUAGUUCUUAAUAUUGAGUGCACUUUAAACCAAAUGCAAGCUAAAAUUAUUAUUUAGUUUCAAAAGCAUUACAUGUAUAUAUGCACAUGAAAAUUUUGCUGUAAAAAAAAAAUUCUGAUUUGAAAUCGGAUAAUCAAUUUAUUAAUAGACAAAACGUUUUGAUUUUGAUUUGUUUUUGUUUUUCGAUUAUUAUAAAGAGUAAAUUGCUCUUCAGUCUGGUGGUCAUUGAGAAAGACGGGAAACAUUUGGAGGUGUUUGUUUUAUUUAUCCCGUAUUGUGUUUUCAAUCGACCCGGAGUUCUCUUCCUCUAGUUCACUGUAUCUCUGUGUUAUAAUACGUGCCCCACUUAUUGCCGACUCCUUCACAACCACCUGGUUGUUGCAGAAGGGGGCAAAAUGUGCAUACUUUUUGUUUUGUUUUUGUGAAUAUAUAUGUACUUUUUCACAAGCUUUUUCUCAGAUAUGCAUUACAAUGCAUUUACAAACAUUUUAAUUACAAAGCUUGUGAAAAUUUCACAAAGCUAACUAUUAAAAAAAGAAAAGAAAAUACUGAACAAAAUAUAUAAAAAGGAACAGGUUGUUUUUGUACAAUAAUUUAUAUAAUUAACAUUUAUAAAAUGUUUAUUUGAUAUUAAGUUUAUGAAAUUCAAAAUUGCAUUUAUUUUUUUCACAUCACAAGGUUUGGUCUACCAAAUUAUUAUUAUUUUUUUGUCAGUGGAACUACUAUUUAAAAAACCCAUUUAUAAUGUUUACACAAUAAAAGUUUACCUGCAGAUUUUAAAUAUUUUUUAAUACAAAUGUAAUUCUUUUUUUGUUGUUGAAACAAUGCAUUCAACAUGAUACAAACUAUAGAGUAUUAACUUUGAUAUCUUACGGCUGUUAAGUCUAUUUAUAUAUCUGCGAAUUAAGAAAAGAAGUUACUAGUCUCUUUUACUGUGGCACAUGACCAUUCUGUGACCUAGAUAUAGUUUUCACGAUUAGUAAUUCCACUCCAAAUGUUUCUUCUCUCUGAAAAGUCUUGCAGUUCAUUCUUUUUCCAUACAUUUACCCUGGCAUAAAAUAUUGGUCACCGAUAUGCACAUAAUAAACUCCUGCAACAAGUC